CUCGCCGUGCUUUCUCUCUCCUUCCCUCCCCUGCCUCUCUCGUCAGAUAGAAUCUAUCUAGUAGAUAAUUGAGUGGACUAAACGACAAUGCUUCCCGUUUCUUUGAGUUCGGAUUAGACUUGAGAGCCAGAUCUAACUCCAGUCAGAAAAUCAUUUCUUUUCAAGGUAAACAAAAACACACGUGCACAAUUUUAUGGAAAUUAUGGGAUAAUUUUAAUGAAAGAAAAUAGAGGGUCUUUGGUCAUCAUUGUCAUAUGAUGGAUGAUGACCUGCAACCACCAUGAUGCCAUGUGACAUACAGUUCUAUCUGAUGGUUUCAAUGAUUCUCAAAUACUUUUUGCCUUGUGGAGGCACACGAAGUUGUGAAUACAAAUUUAGUUAUUUAAAUGGUGCUGAAGGAAACUUUAGCAGUCCAGGCUUUCCAGAAUUUUAUCCCCCCCUUCUCAGAUGCACUUACUUAUUUGAUGCCUCUAGAAAUGGAGGUGUAGAAAUCAAAUUUGAUGCUUUUGAACUUGAAGAUGAAGGAGAAGGUGAAGACAUUUGCAGGUAUGAUUAUAUUGAUGUCUACACACUGGAUUCUCAAGGAUUUAAAACAUUUCUGAAUAAAUUCUGUGGAAGAAAAAUUCCUCAAGCAAUUAUUUCUCCUCAGUCAAAGCUUGAAAUUGUAUUUGUUACAGACCACUGGCAAAAUUCUGCUAUAGGAUUUCUAGGCAGAUACCAUUUUCUUGGAGAAGAUUGGCAGCCAUUUGAUCACAAGCCCACUAAAUGUGGCAGUGAUAGUUUAUCAGGAAUAGCUGGAUUCAUCCAAUCCCCGAAUUAUCCAGGGAUUUAUCCACAGAAUGUUAAUUGUUCUUGGGUUAUAAAAGUAGCAGAAAAACAACAAAUUCUUUUAAGAGUACUGGAACUUGAUAUUGGCCAAGACUCACAAUGCCAUGAUGCUAAAUUAUUCUUAUACAAUGGCUAUGCAACAACAAUGAGCUUACAGACCAAAGAAUGGUGUGGUCAGAAGACAAUGUACAAUCCUGAUGAACUAGAGUAUGUGACAGUCACAAAUAGAUCUGUUCUCAGAUUUUUAUCUGGUUCAAGCAGCAACAAAAGACAUAAGGGAUUUAAACUUCUUUGGAUGGCAGUCAGUUUCCCCAAGUACCCAGCAGAGGUCUGUAAAACCUUUGAGUGUGAAGGAGGAAAAUAUUGCCAGAGUGGAUUGCCAUGUACAAAGUUACCUAAAUAUUGCAUUUCUAAAAAAUUGGUUUGCGAUGGAGUCUACAACUGUGGACCUUAUGAUGACAGUGAUGAACGCAAAUGUGAAAGAGAGAUAGUGAUCAUUGCCACCUGUAUAAGUGUUCCCAGUCUAGCAAUAGUACUGUUGGUUGUAUUUGUGAUUUAUUGUUACAAAAGUAAACGAGUAAAGAAAUCAGUUUCACAAGACCAACAUCUGACACACAGUCAGAGUCAGGGUACAACAUCUCAUGAAUCUUUCAAUCGUCAACUGAUAUUGCAAACAAGUUUUAUAGAUGGUGCCAGCUCUGCUAUUGUUGAUAAUACUCUUCUACCUGAUAUACUGGACCUUGACCAGGAUCUCAACUUUCCAAGUCCUAGUGCUUCUCUGGAUGGUGAUACUAGAGGUCACAAAAAAAGGCCUUCUUAUCACAUGAUGCAACAAAAUUAUGAAGACAGUCACCUCAUCAUUUCUAACACAUGAUCAGUCUGAUUCAAGUCUAGUAGACACCAUUUUAAUAUUUUUAAAGCAUGAUUCAUUCAACAUGAUAACAGUUGUUAUAACUUAUGAAAUUGUACACUAUUCAAGUUGCAGCCUCAGUAUACAUUAUGUAAGUCAUUUCAUGUUAAUGCUCUUGUGUGUUUUCUAUGCUUUGUUAGCAUUUCAGUAUUCACCAAAGUUAGGGAAAUAUCAUACAAUACUAAACAUAUUUAUGAAAAUAAGAUAUUUAAUAAUUAUAUUGACACAGUAACAUCCUUUCAUAAACUUUAAUGUUUGUAUAAUAAGUAUAUAUAUAGUUCUUUUACUGUUAAUGGAUACCAUGAUCAACUAGUUCAAGAUUGGAAUCUCAUUUGUAUUGGACAUUCCUGACAUUUUCAUUGCAACUGUUUCUUUUCUUAAAUGUAUGUAGUGAUAAGUUAGUAGUCAGCAUCAAUACAGUUCCACCAUUUAUAUGAGAUUUUUUUUGAGUUAUCUGUCACCAAUAUGUCCAAGUUUUCACAAGUCACUAUUAAGUUCUAAUGAAUCCUAGUCAAGAUGAAUGUAUGAUGUACAUAUUAAUUUAUUUCUUUGUAACUUACGUUUUAGUAGACAAAGUAAAAUGCACUAUUCUAGUCACCAUUAGAGUUAGAGGAUUGCAUUCCCUUUGACCUCAGUCAUUAUUUGUUGCAAUUCAACCCUGAUGCAUAUUUACAGUUUCUGUUGACCAUAACAUUUGAACCUUUUGCAUUUCCUUUUUUACUCUUAAGCCAGAAUUCAGUUUGUUAUCUAUAGUGUAAUUGUAGAUAAUAAUGCUCUUGUUAUCUAUAGUGUAAUUGUAGAUAAUAAUGCUCUUGUUAUCAUUAACUAUACCUGCAGCAUUGGUUGUACUUUCUAAAAUGACAUUCAGCUGGAUUUUUAACGCAGCAAUUCAUCAUCAUUCAUAAGUUUUAAAUAUUAUCUAAUUAGUUCUAAUGAAGGCUAUCAUUACGUUCUUAAGAACUAAUUAUCAAUUUUAGAAAAGAAUGAACAUUUUAUUUAUUCAAAUAGAAAAUAAUGAAAAUCAAUACUGAUUUCUUCCCCGCAAUGAUAGAUUCAGAUGGCAUUCUUGCAAAUAUCAAGACAUAUGUAAGAGUGGCUGUACUUGGGUUCGACUAUUGGGGAAGAUAGGGAUUUUGAAUUUCAGGAUUUUUAGGGCACCCCUAAGUCCACCCAACUCAAAUUUAGUUGGGAAAAGUAAAGGCAGUUGGUCAUUGUGUUGGCCACAUGACACCCUGCUCAUUAACAAUGGCCAAAGAAGAAGAUGACCUAACAUCAUCUGCAAGGUCUGAAAGGGGACCUUUACUAUCAAGACAUUUCUAAAUCAAAACAAAACCUAAACAUUGGUAACAGUUGAUCGUAGCUACCAAAAUGUUGAACAGAUUAAUUUAGCAUCAAAGAAAAUAUGUUCUCUAAAUAGAUAAUUGAUUGUAGAAAAAAAUUAUUGAAAAAAUUUAGAAGAUGAAAUUACAGUGUGAUUUUUUUCAUCUGCCUGGCAGCCAUUCCUCACAAACUAUAUUGCAGUCUGAAUGAUAAAUAGGAAAUAUGUGUGAACUCAAAAGGGUGAAAUAUAAUUUUAUUAAUUUGAAAACAGACUGCAUCAACAACUAUAGAGGAACUUUUAUAGAUAAAAUGUUCAGAAAUCAAAUGUGUAUUUUGUAAAGCAAACUAGCUACUUGUUUCUUUGCACAGUAGGUUUAGACAAUGUAUUUAUAGAUGAUGUUUGCAAUACAUUUAUAUUUCACAUUUAGUUUUAUUUUUUUAAUCCUUGUUCCCAAAAGGAAAUACAUUUCUGGGAGACAUGUUUGUGAAUAUGUUUGGUCCAGAGUUUAUUUCAUAAUUUGUUGUACUCCUAUUUUUUUUAUACUAGUUGAUUUUUGAAAAUAUUUCCUAAUAAACAAUUUUUGAACAAUAAA